AUGAAGACCUUCGCCUCUGUCAUGCUCGUGGCAACAGCCUUUGCCGGACUUGUCAACGCUGGCUGGAACCCCGAGCAGCCGCCUAACUACACCGUGUCGGCCUACUGUGCCAACACCAACGCCGAACGGGCUUGCUUCACCACCGACAUCGGAGACCUUACUCCCGGUGCUGGCUCGCACUUCAGCGGGUUCGUAUCCGGUGACAAGAAGAGCUUUGUCGUGUACAAAGAUACGGACAGCACGGCUUCGCUUGUGGUGGGCAAGUACAUCAUCAACAUCAACUGGGCGACUUCCGGUAAUGAUGGCCAGACUUGCUGUGCGGUCGACGUCCAGACUCAGGACGGCCAGGACGUGAGCAACUACCUCUCCUGCGCCCAGGCCAAGUGGUUCAACCUCUCGGCCUGA